CACCCCAAUGAGAGGUCUCGUCAUGGGAGAGAACGUCAUGCAUUGUAUAUUUGGUUGACUAUAAGACAAGAUCGUUUAGUUUGUGGAGUUAAUUUAUCAGCUGAUGCGAAAACAUGGCCCAAAACGAUCAAAAAGUGUCGCUCGGUUUCGAAGACGAAUUGAUUACAGAAAAAUACAAAAAUCAAAUUAACUUUACGACCAAUAAAAUUGGAGGAAAACCCGAUCUACCAAGCAACAUCAAACUCGACGCCCCCAUAUGUCCACUAUGCCAGCUGCCGAGACCACUAGUAGUACAAAUUUACGCCCCCUUGGAAAACUCGGCGUUCCACAGGACGCUGUACUUAUUCGGGUGUAUAAACCCGAACUGCUGGAACCAGAGCGAAAGCUGGAUUUGUGUUCGAGUCCAAUCUCAGGAAAAGAUAAUAGAGCACGAGGAGGCGACAGCGGUGGCUUCUAAGGCCAGUGUGACUGAUUGGUGUGCAGAUGCAGACGAUUGGGACGACAAUAACGCAAACAUGAAUGAAGAGAACGGAAAUUUGAUAAACAACAUUGAGAGAGUUUCCGAUGAAGACGACGAAAGUUGCAGUUUGGAGGAGUCUAUUAGGACAGGGCUGGGGAACUUGACGGUCGAUGACCGCAAUGCCAACAAUGGGGCUUUCGGUGGUGCCGUCGGCCGUCUACACUCCCCCUCCGCCACCGCCGAGAUCGAAGGCGACGAGGGCGAAGUGGUCACCAUCGACAGCCCCAUCAUGCCGCAGCACGACAUCGUCGCCCUCCUCCAGGAAGCCGCUCCGCUCCCCCAGGACCUCUGCCAAAGCAUCCAUUCCGAUCCAAGAAAGUCCUCCCUCUUGCAAUUCGUUCCCUCUUUCAUGACCGUCUGGGAGGAGACCUCGGGCGCGUCCACCAUCAGCGACAGACACGUCAAGGAGCUCCUCCAGGAGUACCAACAGAAAACCGAAGACGACCUGAACCUCCUCAGCCCCGACAACGACGGUGCCUCCGCGCAGAUCACCGACAACACCUACGAGAAAUACGAGAAGAGCCACCCGGCCCACGGCGACAAGAUGUUCCACCACUUCCUGUCCAAGGUCCAGAUGAACCCCAGCCAGAUCCUGAGGUACCACCGCGAUAACAACUCGCCCCUGCUUUUGUACCCGUUGCAGGGGUUCCAGAAUAUGUGUAGUUAUUGUCAGGGGGAGGUGGUGUUCGAAUUCCAAAUUCUGCCCACGAUUAUCCCGAAAUUGAGGCUGAUCGGGGAUGCCAAUAAUUCUUCAAGACUGGAAUUUGGUACUGUUUUAGUGUUUACGUGUCGGCAGAGCUGCUGGUCGACCGACACGAAUCUCAAGUAUGAGACUGUGGUCGUGCAAACCGAGGUUUAUUGAAUAUUCACGCAAUAAAUAUACAUCACACAGCUUGUAUUUACUCUGAGUAGGCAAUUGGUUUUCGUACAAUCUCGAAUUGAUAGUCAAUUAGAGGCGCCAUUUGCUGCUGAUUAUAGAAAUAAACUUGAAUAAAAAAUUGGGGUUUUGUAGGCGUUUUAGAUUUGGUUCCAGACGCUUAUUCUGUUUUGAGAUUAGUGCAUCGAUGCGACACGUAAGUAUGAAACGAAACGAAUUAGGAAAAUUUUCUGCAACAGCCUUAAGAAUGUGUAUUUUUUAUGUUUACCAUCUUUUAAGUAAAAACGUAGUUGUUUAGUCAAGAUAUGGUUUCAAUAAUUUGAAAAAAAAACGUCAAUUUUGCUUGUUUGAGAUUGGUAGAACUGCCAAAUUGAGAUGUCAUAACCUAACUUUCCCGAGAGUUUAAAUAAAAGUGACAUAGCGCCAAAACUUUGAAUCAAGUUUGGCAAGAAGAAUUUCGCAGAAUUGGAAAAGUGAUUCUAUUGCCAACU